AUGCUUGCUGAGCUUGAGCAUCUCGCCCGUGGCGCUGCGGCCAUACUUUGCCUACUGGUCUUCCAUGUUGCAUUGUCUGAUUUCCGUGCUCAAGCAAGGAUGUCAGGUGGGACGCAAACUUGCAUCAGCAUGGAGCGGGAUGCGCUUCUAUCCUUCAAGGCAGGCCUUCUGGACCCUGUUGGUCGUCUCUCAUCAUGGCAGGGCGAAGAAUGCUGUCAGUGGGAGGGAGUCCGGUGCAACAGCAGAACAGGUCAUGUCAUAAAGCUCGAUCUCCGCAACACCUACAUGCCUGACUAUGAUGCCGUCAUGAAUGGCUACGCCAGGCUCAACAGGCUCAACAGCCAAAGCUUGUUCAUAGAUGAGAUGAGCUCCUCUUUAGCUGUUUUGCAACAAUUGAGGUAUCUUGAUCUGAGUGGGAAUGACUUCAAUGGCACUACCAUACCUUUGUUCGUGGGCUCUCUGGAGAACUUAAGGUACCUCAAUCUCUCGUGGUCAGGUUUUGGUGGGAGAAUACCUUCCCAACUCGGUAAUCUCUCAAACUUGGAAUAUCUUGAUAUUAGUGGGAAUUACUAUCAGCAGGUUGAUAUCGGUGACAAUUAUUUAUAUCGUCUACACACCGUCGAUCUAGCAUGGUUGAAGCAUCUCCCAUUGCUGCGUAAUCUUGACAUGAGUGAUGUGGACCUCAGUCAUGUGCAGGAUUGGGUUUACCUGCUUAACAUGCAUUCUUCUCUGAUAGUGCUUCGCUUGGUAGAUUGUGGGCUUACCAGCACAAUGUCAGCUACUUCAAAAUCAAACCUCACACAUCUUGAAGUCCUUGAUCUGUCAUGCAACUCGUUUAACACAACACUAGAGCACUACUGGUUUUGGGAUCUCACCGGCCUUAAAAAGCUUCACCUAGGUGUCUGUGACUGGCAUGGACGUAUUCCUAAAGAACUGGGAAACAUGACGUCCCUUCAAGUCAUAGAUUUAGGUUUCAAUUAUCUUGUGGGUUUGAUACCGAGCAACUUACAAAAUUCUUGCAAUUUGAAAGUGUUGAUUUUUGAGUAUAACAACAUCAACGCAAGCAUAGAGGAGUUCAUGGAUCGGUUGCCAAGGUGCUCAUGGAGUACAAUACAAGAGUUCUCAGUGGGCUAUGCAAGCAUGAGCGGAAAACUACCAAUUUGGAUUGGGAACAUGACUAGUCUCACUGUUCUUUCAGCUGGUCAAAACAUGAUAACUGGUACUGUGCCGAUCGGAGUAGGGGCACUUGGUAACUUGACAGUGUUAAAACUCGGUGGAAAUAAACUCGAGGGCAUGCUCGCAAAGGAGCAUUUUUCAGGCUUACAGAAUUUAGAGUCUCUGGACUUGUCGGGCAACUCGUUGAAAAUGCAUAUUGAUCCAAAUUGGGUUCCUCCCUUUAGACUAAAGAGCAUAAACUUAGAGUCGUGCACAGUGGGGCCCCGUUUUCCAGAGUGGCUUAGAUGGCAGACCAACAUUGAUAUUCUUUAUCUCGGAAAUACAAGUUUGGAUGAUGUUAUUCCUGAUUGGUUUUGGAUGACGUUUUCCAGAGCUUUGUUCUUGGAUGCAUCAGGAAACAUGUUGCGCGGUUCAUUACCGUUAAAUCUACAACACAUGUCAACUAAAUCUCUGUCUCUUGGGUCCAAUAACCUGACAGGUCUAAUACCACGACUCCUCCCUGUAAAUAUAUCAAAAUUGCAUCUGUCUUCAAACUCUUUCUCAGGGUCAUUGCCAUUAGGGCUAAAAGCUCCAUUACUUGAGGAGUUAUCGCUAGCAAAUAAUCAAAUUAUAGGUAUCAUUCCAUGAUCACUACUGUGUACUAGGGCUCGCCUGGUGAAGAGGAACCACGAUGAUGCAGCGUGAAGGAGCCCGCGGCAAGUGCAGUUGAACUGCUCAAGAGUUGUAUGUUAAUGAUCCUUUGUGAUU